AUGACGACCUUUCAUCUUGCGGACGACUCGCGACCUCAGUCUGUUACGGUAUCUGAGGAUCUCGACAAAUCUCCGAUAUACUCGACAGCAUCCAUUCGGAAGUCUGUAUCCCUGGUGUCAGAUGAAAAGAGCGUGGUCGACGACUUGUUCAGAUGGAUCGACUGGCUACGCCGAAGGAAGGGGCAAGAUUUGGAUGCCGUUGCGACGAAGCGUUCCGUAUUUGACGACCCAAUCCUGUGCAAGCACUAUUGGCCCAAGCCUGAGUACGAGAAUAUUCAUAGACUUGAUAUCAAAGCGAGAUGGACGUACAGAGAAGAGCAGGCUCUCGUUCGUAAGAUUGACUGGAGAGUGAUGCUUUGGGCAGCCAUCAGCUUCUCAGCCUUGAAUCUGGAUCGGUCCAAUAUAAAUCAGGCCAACUCGGACAACUUCCUCCCCGACCUAGGCUUGACUACGAACGACUUUAAUUUGGGGAAUUCCGUGUUCCGUCUCUCCUUCCUCUGCGCGGAACUACCUUCGCAACUGAUAUCCAAACGUCUCGGCCCAGACCGCUGGAUACCAAUGCAAAUGACUCUGUGGAGCGUCGUGACUAUGUGUCAAUUUUGGCUGACGGGCAGGACAAGCUUCCUGGUAACGCGUGCUCUUCUUGGAGUUCUUCAAGGAGGUUUCAUACCCGACCUGAUAUUGUAUAUGUCGUACUUCUACACGAAGACGGAACUGCCUAUUAGGCUCGCAUUGUUCUGGAUGUCGUCCAAUGCUUGCGCGAUUAUAUCUAGUUUCAUCGCUUUCGGCGUGUUGCAUAUGCGCGGAAUACUUGGGAAGGCCGGCUGGAGAUGGUUAUUCCUCAUAGAAGGGCUGAUUACUUUGAUCAUCGGUGUCCUGACGUUCUUCAUGAUGCCUCCGUCUCCCACGCAGACUAAGACGUGGUACCGUCCCAAUGGAUGGUUCAACGAACGCGAGGAGACGAUCUGUGUUACCCGAGUCUUGCGUGAUGACCCAACCAAGGGUGACAUGCAUAAUCGAGAAGGUCUCACCCUGAAACGCCUUUGGAAAGCUGCCUGCGAUUAUGAUUUGUGGCCGCUGUAUAUUCUCGGAGUCAUGUUCGGCAUUCCGAUUGGACCGCCCGGGACCUAUUUGACUCUGUCUUUGCGCCACAUUGGAUUCAACACUUUCACGACCAACCUGUUGACGAUUCCAUCGCAGGUCCUCGGCAUAAUCACUAUGUUUGCCAUUACGCUGGCAUCCGAGAUUGUCAAUGACCGCUCCAUUGUUGCAAUGAUGGAGGAUGUCUGGGCAUUGCCGUGCCUGGUCGCCUUAUAUUGCCUCCCCGACAACCCAAACCCAUGGGUCUAUUUCGCCAUUGCGACUGUGCUGCUCUCAUACCCUUAUACACAUCCGAUUCAGGUCGCCUGGUGCUCGCGUAAUGCAGGUGCGGUGGCGAGCCGCACGGUCAACGCAUCCUUGUAUAAUAUGUGUGUCCAAGCGUCUGCAGUCAUCUAUUCAUAUAUCUAUCAAGCAGAUGAUGCACCACAAUAUCGCAGAGGCAAUCGGACUCUCAUAAUUAUAUCCGCAAUCAAUCUCGGACUUCUGUACCCAGGCACCAAGCUGUACUAUCUGUGGAGGAACAGGAGUAGAGACCGCAUCUGGAAUAAAAUGACUUCUGAGGAGAAAGCACACUAUCUUGCGACUACGACGGAUGUCGGAAACCGCAGACUCGAUUUCAGGUUUGCCCAUUAA